AGCGUGUGUCAGGGAGUCGUGUGUUGUCUGGUGUGGCAGCCGGAGCCUCUGUGUCCCUCAGACCCAAAAUGAAAGUGUAGUGUGUGUGUCCCCUUGCUAGUGGAAAGGAGAAUCGAGCUCUCCAGAGUUCGACGACGGGAAACACCUCCCUUCUUUCCCCCCACUAACACUGAGUGGGGUGUUUGUGAGUGUAGUGUUGGAGAUGGCUAGGAGGGAGCUUGUGUGGAUUGUGGCGGUGGUGGUGAUGCUGGAGGUGGCGGCCGCCGCCAACACUGAAUCCUGCGCCGUCGUCAAGACCGUAUACCGCCGCCAGGGCUUCAAGGAUGCCGUGCCACAGCAACCAAUACCAGGGGACCACCUGAAGAUGUGCAGCAGUGGGGAGUCAACAUGCUGUACCGAGGUGAUGGAACGGAUGCUCAGUGUGGAGAGUCGCCAGGAGUUUGAUACCAACCUUAGAAACCUCCUCAACCCCAUGGCUGGACUCCUUGGCAAGAAGAAUGCUAAACUGCAUGAGGUCUUUGCCAAGCUGCUAAAUUACAGUAGGAAAAGCUUUGAUGAGAUGUUCAAAAAGACAUAUGGAAUUAUUUACCAGCAAAAUGCCUAUGUCUUCACUAAACUCUACGAUGACCUGGAGAAGUACUUCAGUACUGGUGAGGUUGAUCUACAGGAGACUAUGGACGACUUUUUCAAACGACUUUAUCAGCGUAUGUUUACGGUCUUCAAUUCACAGUACACUUUCAAUGCGAGAUAUUUACGAUGUGCAACUCGUCAUAUGGAGCAGCUCAAACCAUUUGGAGAUGUUCCCAAAAAGUUAACAACUCAAAUAAAACGCAGUUUUGUUGCUCUGCGUACGUUUGUUCAAGGGCUUGCAACAGGACGGGAUGUGGUGCGAAAUGUCCUCAAGGUGAACCCAAGCGUGAGUUGUGUCCAUGAAUUGAUGAGGAUGACUCACUGUGCUACAUGUGAAGGUCACCAGGGAGUGGUGCCAUGCCUACCAUACUGCCAAGAUGUUAUCAACCUCUGCCUGGUUCACCACCAGCCUCUCGUAUCACACUGGACUGCUUAUGUCGAUGCAAUGGUGAGUGUGGGAGAAAGGCUAGAAAAUCCAUUUAACAUAGAAAAUGUGGUUCUGCCAGUAAACUACAAGGUGUCUGAUGCUAUCAUGAACUUCCAAGAAGCAGGAAAUGAUAUAUCUACCAAGGUGUUUCAAGGUUGUGGACCACCCCGUCUAGGGCGCAGUAAGAGGCAGGCUCCAGCAAAAGGAGAACUUACACAAGAAUUUUUAGAUUUUAGUACAGACAAUCGACAAGACAAGAAACGUGAUAAGGAGUUAGAGAACAUUUCUGUCAGUAAAUAUAUCCAUGAAAUAAAAACAAAGAUCAAGAAUGCACGUGAGUUCUGGAGCGAACUACCGACCAAGAUGUGCCGAGAUGCUGAUCGCAAUGGUGCCUUGAGUUGCUGGACAGGCAUAAAGCUUGGCAAAUACGAGGGCAAGAGUACCUUGAAUGCUACCGAGCCACAACACAGUUCUGCUAUGGAUGAGCAAAUUAUGCGACUGAAAGUAAUUACCAGCAAACUGCAAGAGGCUUACAAGGGUCGAGAUGUGUCUUGGAUAGAUGAAGAGUCAUGGCUGACCAAUGGUGGAAAACAAGAUGAGGAGGCAGUAAGUGAUGAUGGAGCCUUGGGUGAUGAGGGUAGUGGCAGUGGUGAUGGAUCACUCCAUGGUAAUUAUCCACCUGAUGAUGAAGACGCAUAUGGUGAAAGCAAGGACAAAUCACAUUCUAAAAAGCAAAGCAAUAACCAUGAAUAUGAUGAUGAUGAAGACAGGUAUCAGUUCAAUCAACCAGGUCAAGGAAGCAGUCAUGCUGGAUCUGGGAAUACUCAUACUGACUAUGAUUAUAGAUAUGAAGGCUCUGGUGGAAAUUGGAAUGGGAUGGAUGGUGAUUUAGAAGGGUCUGGUAACUAUGGAAAAGCUCAAGCUCCUAAUUUCAACCAAGAAUUUCCCUACGAACCUUAUGAACCUCCAAGCAUUCCCCGUGAACCGACUGAACACAGUGGUCCCAAACAUGAACCAGACCAGCCACCAUCUGCUGCUGCCAAAAAAACCAUGUCCCUCAAUCGUGCCAUCACUAUUUACAUGUUGCCAGCUUUCAUCAUGUUCCUUGGCUCGCUAGCUUAAUUCACACAAAGUAUAGCUCAGUCCCUGGGCAGAAGCUAGUGAAUCUGAAUCAAGGAGUGUCUUGGAUUUUACUAGAGACUGUAGGCACCAUCACUUUGUGAUAAAUGCCAAGGGUCACUUUUAUUGGUGGCUCUGAUGCCAUAUUCAACAAUAAUGAAGGCAGAUUAUGAAGGGUAUUGCAGCAAAAAUAUUAAGAUUAAAUCAUAAUCAGAGUGGAAGGUAAAAUUAAGUAAUUUUUUCAUGCUGAGAGAGAGUACAGUAUACUGUAUGUAUAGCAUCAAGGAAGUGGCUCACGAGUUUUGAUACUUCACAAAAAAUGUAUGUAUAUUGUUAAAUAUUUACGAUAUUCACUAAAAGUGAAUCAAGUGAUUGUAAGAUAUAAACAUGAAAAUUUUUAUAAAAUAUUAUAGUUUAAAGCGUACAGUAAAUGAACUUGGACCAGUUAAUAUCAGUGCUUCUCCAUUUAGAGAGACGUAUAACUGUUUUAUAAAAGCAGUGUCUAAGAGUUAAAAAGAGGCAUGAAAUUGAGGGAAAAAUGUGGGUAGUCAUUAGGUAGGAGGAUUAUGAUAAUAUCCCCUGUAAGUCUGUUGAUUAUUAUAAUCAUAAGUGCUAAACCCACAAGGGUCAUACAGCUGUUGAUGAAUCUGCAGGUUUCCUCAAUUUAUUGUAUUUCAGUGGAGAUAUCAAGUUAAGAAUCUGAAAAAAAAAGUAUGCUUCUGAAAGCCAUCAUCAUAGGCCACAAGGAGGAAGGGGAAAAUGUGGACACCCACGGUGCAAAACUUGUGUGCCAUGAGACUGGACCUGUGUAGCAUUACUCACUCACUCACUUUUAUUUAUUAAUGUACAGUAGUUGUAUUGAAGCUUGAGAGCAUAUUUAAUCACUUAUUUUGCUUUACUAAUGCUACUAUUUUAUGGUAGUUUUGGUUUAAUUGGCUUACAACUUUCUGUAAAGGAUACAAUGUUCAUUCUUAAUUCUGAAGAAAACAUUAAAUUUUUAAAUUUAAUAAUGAGUUCAGUACAGAAAUUUGAUACUCAAGCAAUGCAUGCACUCUUUCAUUUUUGUUGCUGUGAUAGGUGAUAUCAAAAGUUACCUUGGUCUCUCUAAUCAAAACUUGGCCGUCCAGGCAUAAAAUCUAUUUGCUAUUCUUUAUUUUACAAAUUAUCUUUUGUGUAUUUUACUGAAGAAAUGUAUGUACACCAUCUUAGUAUGAAUGUGUCAUGUAUCACAAUUAUGCUGUAUAUGUAUCCUUUUUCGAGAGUGAAGAAAGUAUUGAUAGAAUCAUCUUAAUCAUUACAUUUGUCAUGUGUUCUGUUUUGUCCAUGUGUGUGUUUCUUUUAUCAUUGUGGGAAAGUGAUCGUCUUUGGUAUAUGGUACUCAUUAUAAUUGUCAUGUUUUGGAUGCAUAAUGUAGCCCAACAAGUUGACCUCUUACCCUAGGUAUUCUGCUGCAGGUAGAUUACACCACAGACUUUUUCUUGAUGUUCAGCUGGUGAUGAUUGCCUACGUUACAGGCUGUACUCCAGUGUUAUACUUUUUGUAUCAAGUGGAUAUCACAUGCUUAUGCUCUUGAUGUUCUAUAAUUUAACAGAAGUGCAGUGGCAUGUGCAGUUAUCUUUGUGUUUAGCUGUUAUCAGCAGUAAGCAAUACAGGCUAUAGUUUAGUUGAUCUACUGCUGGUGUAAGCGUACAAGUUAUUCCGUUAUAUUCAUCAGACUUCGUCAAGGAACAGCAAUAAGAAGUGUACAACAAAGGAUUAUAUAAAAAGUCAAGUUACAUUUUCCUAGUAUAGUUUUUCUCAUUGCCCAGUG